AGUCCCGCGGCAAGAUUCGGAACUACACCUCUUGUUUGUGUUGUUUGUGUUUGUGUGGGUGAAAUUACCACUUUACGAGUGGCACCAAAAUUGUAUUAAAAUGUCAAACAUCAGUACCGGCGAAAAGCUCAUUGCGUUAAUUGAUGAUAUAGAAUUGAUUUCGAAGGAAAUUCUCGAGAACACCAUAGCAAUGAAGCAUCAGAAAAUGGCUGGAGGUGAGCAGGUUCAACUGACGGAACUUUUAGUUAACAAGGAUAAUGAGCUGAAAGCCUCUUUAGAACGAGCUCGUGAGCAGGCACGAGUUGAACUGAAAAUGGAUGCGCUCAAAAAUGAAGUAGAAAGACAAGAUUGCCACAUACGUAACUUGCAAAGGCAACUGAAAGAAGCGGAACAGAUUUUGGCAACUGCUAUAUAUCAAGCAAGGCAAAAAUUAGCUUCCAUUGCAAAAGCUAACAAGCGACCAGUCCCCUCUGAAGAUCUCAUCAAGUUUGCUCAUCGCAUAUCUUCUUCACAUGCUGUAUGUGCCCCUCUUACUUGGCAGCAAGGAGACCCCAGAAGACCUUAUCCUACUGAUAUUGAGAUGCGUCAGGGCCUUCUUGGAAGGUUAAGCAAUCUCCCCAUGGCGCCCCAGCCUGGUCUCGCAGAUCUGCACAGCCUUCCUCCUGGAGCAGAGCCAACUGUUUCUACGCAGAAUCAAUUUUCAUGGCAUCCAUCUGGAGACUUGCACAUGAAUGUCCCUGGUCAAGGUUCUGUUGCAAUGGAAACACGAAAUCACAAGACAGAGGAAGACGUUGAAGUCAUGUCAACAGAUUCAAGUAGCAGUUCAUCAAGUGAUUCUCAGUAAUAAUAAGUGUACUAAACAUGUUUGUUCAAGUGAAAACAACCACUCUCAGCAGAUUUCUCUGUAUGUGAUGGUGUUGUUUCAAGCCAAUUUUCUGAGCUUGAUCUGUCAUUCUAAUUAUUUUACUUUUAAAGCAGAACAACAAACAAAAGAAAAUGUCACUGUGAUACAGUUACAGCAGAUUUCUUUUUUCUUGUAUAUACAAUGUGAUAUUAUGUAUAUUUUUAGCAGUAAGGCCUUCCUUAGUUUUUUCAGGAUGAUGUUUCUUGUCCAGAAAAAUGAGCCCUGAAUGAGUAUGUGAUGUCUCUUUCUGUACGCUGUAAAAAGUUGGAUCACAAGUGGUCUGGAAUACAAUUUUUGAACUUGUGGAA